AUGGAGUCUCUCCCUCUCCCCUUCCUCCUCUGCUCCCUCCUCAUUCUCCUCCACACCCCCACAUCCAAAUCGGACCCCCUCCACAUCAACUGCCCCGCGAACUACACGGCAAACAGCACCUUCCAGUCGAACCUCAACCUUCUCCUGUCUUCUCUCCCCUCCGAAGCCGGCCCCUCCGGCUUCUACAACGUCUCGGUCGGUCGAAACGGUGCCGACCAAGUCUACGGCCUCGCGUUAUGCCGCGGCGACGUCUCCUCUGUCGACUGCAACACCUGCUUGACUACCGCCGCACAAGACGCUGUCGCAAAGUGCCCGCGCGGCAUGUCGAACACCCUGUGGUACGACAACUGCAUGCUGCGCUGUUCGAUGACCAGCUCGGGCACCUGA